AUGGCUGAGUCAUGUAAAAACAUGGAUAUCCGAAAAAAGAAAAAACGAAAGAUGGAAGUCACUAAAAAUGAAGAAAACGAAAUGUCUCUGGAUUCGGAUUCAAAAAAGAUUAAAUUGGAAGAUAAUGAAGUGAACGGUGAAAAAAAUAAGGAAAUUGACAAAGCGAAAUUUUUCCUUUGCUCAAAUAUCAACAACUGCCGCCGCCAGCAUAGGCAGUCUCGCUUCUGGCCGGGACUCGCCUCUUCACAACUUUUUAUUUCCGGGUCGGAAAACACGGGCCGGGCGGAAGAAUUAUCACGCCCUGCUUGUUGCCCUUCUCCCACAUUUGGUGUACUGUUUCAUCCUACCUAA